AUGGCUGCGCGUUUCCAAGAAUGGGUGAUGGCCCAGAAUGAGGAUGCGCGAGCUGAGAUCGCCUACGAAGUUUUGCGAACCCUUCGAACCUCUCAUAUUGCCGCCGUGGUCGAAAGAUUGACUCCUCUGUUACACAUGGAUCCUCUGGAAAAGUUGCCACCUGAAAUCACAUCUCAGAUCUUCUCGUACCUAGAUGCCAACACCUUGUUGACCGCCUCGCUCGCCUCACGAACGUGGCGGGGUCGUAUUAUGGAUACGAUGCUCUGGCAAGAGUUGUACAAGAACCAAGGUUGGGGCCUGGACAACAAGGAGAUCAAAUUAUUCGAGAGCGUGCAUAACUCUUUUGUUCGACACGAAUUCAAAAAGGCGCGUGGGCAGCUUUCUGGUCAACCUCGACCUAAGAAGCGUGCCACAUCAGACUGGCUCGAGUCAAGAGGGCAGAAGGUUUCGGCUGACGUUUCUCAAUGGCGUGAACAACACGGUGUGGUUGAAGCAGAUACCGACAUGCAAUCAGAAACCGAUGACCAGGAGAUGCAGGACGCGCCAACGAGCAUUCAUAAUUCCCCCCAACGUCCAAACAAACGGCAGAGUCAAGAUUCUGGUGAUGAAACGGAUUUCUAUCCCAGUUCAGCGGAAGCGGGCGAAGACGAAGACGCGAUCAAAACAGUUCAGCCUCUUGACCCUCCUUUCAAACCCAAGUUGAUCGCCUACGAUGCCAAUGGUCGCGAAAAACUCAACUGGAUCUCUCUAUACAAGCAACGCUAUAAAUUGGAGCAAAACUGGACCACGGGACGAUUUACUACAUUUCAGCUACCACACCCCGCCUAUCCCAAUGAAGCUCACACCGAGUGUGUCUACACCAUUCAGUUUUAUGGAAAGUGGCUGGUCAGCGGUAGUCGUGACAAGACUUUGCGAAUAUGGGACCUUGAAACCAGGCGGUUACGGGGGAAACCUCUAGUCGGCCACUCUCAAUCCGUUUUGUGCCUACAAUUCGACCCCAGCGAGAAAGAAGAUCUCAUUAUCUCUGGCAGUAGCGAUGCCAGUGUUAUUAUCUGGCGAUUCUCCACCGGCCAGAAAAUUCACGAGAUUCCGUCUGCCCAUGAAGAGUCCGUUCUCAACCUCAGAUUCGACCAUCGGUAUUUGGUCACCUGUUCCAAAGAUCGACGUAUUAAAAUAUGGAAUCGUCGGCAUCUGACCGCCACAGACCCAGAUUAUCCCAAGAUUAAACGCGACAGCCCUGCACGAGUGCCUUUAUACAUUGUCAACACAUCAGAAAUGGAACCGUCUCUGUUGGAGGCCAGAAUGGCCAAUGGCAGCAUCCGAGCUCUGAAACCGUAUACGCUUUUGUUGACUCUGGAAGGACAUGGUGCCGCCGUCAAUGCCAUCCAGAUCAAUGGUGAUCUCAUCGUAUCGGCAUCUGGUGAUAGACUCAUCAAGGUGUGGAGUGCUCGAGAUGGCCGACUUUUGAGAACACUUCAGGGUCAUCAAAAGGGUAUUGCCUGCGUCCAGUUCGAUAGCAGACGGAUCGUCAGUGGCAGUAGUGAUAACACGGUGAAGAUAUAUGACCCUUACACCAGCGCCGAGGUCGCAGAGUUGAAAGGUCAUACUAAUCUUGUUCGAACCGUUCAAGCGGGAUUUGGUGACGUGCCGGGGGCUGAUGAAGAUGACAGUUGCAAGGCGAGGGAUGCGGAGAGAAAAUACUUUGAUGAUCUCAACAACGGUAUUAUUCUGGAGAAUAGAACGCGAAGUCGACGCAUCCGGAACGGCGAAAACGGGACUUCUCGACUUGCUUUGGGUUCUAAAUUGCCUCCGGGAGGCGGCGGCAGCAAAUGGGGUCGCAUUGUUUCAGGCUCUUAUGAUGAAUCGAUCAUUAUUUGGCGCAAGAAUUCGCAGGGCGAUUGGGUUGUCGGUCAGACGUUACGUCAGGCGCCGGUUGUCCAACAGACAACACGACAGCGUUCUAAUCCACAGGUGACCGUUCCGAAUCUGACACCACCGGUGUUGAAUCCGGUUGCUGCUGGUCCUGUUCCGGUGUCCGAGAUUCCUUCAACCUCAAACAAUGCCGGUCCAGCGGGAGCGGCAAAUCCCGCAGCAAUGUCUGCUUCACAGAUAGUCCAACAAGCCAUGGGAACAUCCAUGGUCAGCCUUGGAGCCGGCAUCUCAAAUGUUGUGGGCCUUGGGAGGGUAUUGAAUGGGCCGCUCACCGCAUCGCGGAAUGGUGCCAACCACCCUCAAAGCUUUUCCUCCAGUUCGGUUGUCAACGGCAAUGCUCAAACAGGAGUACCAUCUGCCAUGGCGCACCCCCAAACGGCUGUGUCUCAGGCCGUCCAACAGGCUUUGGUCCAGGCUGGACAACAAAGACCGCAGCCGAAUCACCAGAAUGGAUUGCAGAAUCCAACCCCACAGCAACCUAGCCAUAUGGCCGACGGUUCGAAUACCUCUGUAAAUGGCCAUGCUCAACCUCAGCAACAACAAAACCCCCUUCCCCAUCAUCCUCACCAUCCCCAUCCAGGAGCACAACAAUCCCAUCAAGCAGGACCAGCCCAAGCCCAAGCCCAAGCCCAUGGCCAAGGCCAACAACCUCAACCACAGCAGUCUUCUGUUUCCCGAGUUUUCAAGCUCCAAUUUGACGCAAGACGAAUCGUGUGCUGUUCUCAAGAUAGAAGAAUUGUGGGAUGGGAUUUUGCCAACGGAGAUCCAGAGAUUAUUGAAGCUAGUCGAUUUUUCGUGGGGCCUUGA